GAGUGAUUCUCUUUUUCCUUUUCCUCCCAGCAUUGCAUGUGGCUGUGACCGGAGAAGGGAAUAAUCCAACACCAGAGAAAACGCGACUGGCGGGCGACUGGGUGGUGGCACCGGUCACUCAGAUCCGGGGGGGUGGAGGGGGGGAACCAGGACGCAUCCACCACGGGAGGAGCGGCUGGAUGCAUCGCACAGUGGAACAACUUGGGGGCCGUGCGGGACGGGAUCCCUAUUCUGUCGGCAGCCUGAGCUGCAGCGGAGCUUGGAGUUCGUGCCAUCCCCGCCCAUGGCUCCCGGGCGGCAGGUGCUCUGCCAGCGUUGGCCAGCCGCAACUGCCUCUGCACCUGCCGCCCAACCAUGUCUCUAACAUGGGGCAACACGGCAAGGGCUAUUUCCCCCCGGGGAAUCUGGCCCCGCGCCCCUUGCAUGGGAAACUGGAAGCCAUCCACAGCUGCGUCCAAGCUCUGCUGCGAGACCAGGGGCAGCCGCAGCUCUGGGAGCAGCUGGGUGAAAUCUACGAAUCGGAGCAAGACUGCGAGGAGGCCGUUCGCUGCUAUCAGAACGCCGCCCGCUAUCAGCGCGACUAUGGGAGCUACGGCGAGAUGCACGCUCGGAUCGGACGCCUGCAGCAGGCUCAGCUGUGGAACUUCCAUUCGGGAUCUUCUCAUCACCGUCCGAAGGCAUUACCCCCCCUGCAGCAAGUUUGGAAUCUCUUGCACCUCGAGAAGCGGAAUUUCUCGGCCAAGCGCAAUCCCCAGCUGAAGAGGCCCGGCCCACCGAUGGAGCCACCCGUGGUCCAGCCCAUUCCCCCAGUGCAGCACCCACCCCACCCCGGGCACGGAGAAGAGAUGCCUGCCCCCAUGAAGAGGCGGAGGAGCACCAGCCCUGACCAGAACGGCAGUGGAGUUGGCCAGCACCCCCCCGGUCCCGGAGUCCCUGGAAACCCUCAUUACCAGCUGCCUAAACCAGGAUUAUGGAACCCCCUCCAUGGAGAGACGUGGGGACUGGAGCGCAAGAGCGUAGCUGCCCCAGAGAGACAAGAGCAGAGAAACUCCGUGGCUCACCCCUUCCCCUACCCGACCCCUGCCUACGGCUCGCACCCUCCCCCGCACCGCCUGCCAGCCAUGGCCCCCAGCCCCCGCACACCGCCAGCACACCGACCCCCCCUCGACAGCCAUGGCUGCCUGGCCCGGCCCAACGGAAGUGACCUUAGAGACAGCCGAGUCCCCCGGGCACGUCCAGACUCCACCGCUACACCAGCAACUGUCGCCUGCGUGCCUUACACCCCGCGCCCGAGCCCGGGAGGACCUCCCGUCACCAGCAAGACCACCCCGCGGGGACAGCCGAACCCUGACAGCCUUGGGUCUGACCAUUAUCAAACGCCGGCAUUACCGCAAUCCAACCCUGCCCCGGAGAGCAACAGCCGCAAACCACCGCCGCCACGUUCAACGCCUUGCCUUGCUUCCCGCAUGCCGCCACCCCCGACCAUCACCAGGGGGGCUCCACCAGCAGUGGCUCCGCCCCCUGCUGCCCCGCCGUGCCCCCCGCCGCCCCCGCCUCCUCCUCCUCCACCCCCUCCGCUGCCCUGGCUGAAAGGCCCAGCAUUCAGUAACAAAGCAGGGGAGGGGAAAGCCAGCGUGGACCCCCUGGAUGAAAUUUUGUUUGGGUGUGGGGAACCCCAUCGGGGGGAGCCACCCCCUCUGGGGACUUGUGAGUCCAGUUGCAGCUUCCAGGACGCCAACACCAGCAGUCCGAAAGGGGCCUUCGCUCACCCCGGGGAGGGGGUGGCGGACAAGCCGAGACCACCGACUCCAGCCAGCCCUGAGUGCACGCCGACCCCCGACUUCUGGCUGACGGAAAGUGGCAGGGAGGAGAAAGGUUCUGGGGCCACAAGAGCCCUGACCCCGACCCCCACAAUUACCUCAGGACCCUUCAGCUCACCAGAGAGCCCUCCUCAGCCCCCAACGUUGCCCCCGCCACCGCCACCCCCACAGCAGCCCCGGGGCCCCUACCCAAAGACCCCAGACGCAGGAGUGGUGCCCCCAGCCCCAGAAGCUGCGCCCUCCCGCCUCUUUGACUUCGCCAGCCCCCCACUGGAGGAUCAGUUUGAGGAGCCCCCUGAAAUCUCUGCCGACGGCUUGGCGAACAUCAUGAAGAUGCUGGACGAAUCGAUCCGGCGGGGAGAGGAGGAGCGCGAGGAGAGCUUCCCCCCGCCACCGCCGCCUGCCCCUCUCCUCCCAAGCCCACCACCUUUGGCAAGACCAAAGCCGCCGACCCCGUCCCCCGCCUCCUUUGAUUACCCCAAGCCCCCCGGGCAGGAUCCGCCAGAGCCGCCCUGUUUGUACCGCUUUGGCAAGCGAGACGGGGAAGAGCGCCCCCCGGCAGCGACGGCCGCCGGAGGGGGAGGGAAGUUCCCCCACCACAGCACCGCCUCUCUGCUCAAGUCUUUGGCCAAUGUGUUGGAGGGGCAGAAACACUCCUACCGGCCCAAACCACUGGCCCCUCCUGGUGCUAAGAUUGCUUCUCCGGCUGGGGCCGGCCAGAGCGCUGGCCCCCACUUCUCUACCUCAAGCCAAGCCUGGUCCGGAGGGGUAGGGGGGGUAGGGGAGCGGGCAGCCACCCCUCCCCCGCCACCCGCCACCCGGCCGAUCAAGACUGAAUCGGAGGUACUAGAAGAAAUCAGCCGUGCUUGCGAAACGCUGGUGGAGCAGGCGGGGCGCGAGCCAAGCCCCCCUCCUCCCGCCACGCCCCCUCCCGCCACCCCUCCGCCUCCCCCGGCCUCCUCUCCCGCACCUCCUCCUCUCCCUGCACCUCCCGCUCUGACUCCCGCCCCUCCGCCGCCCCCGCCGCCCCCUCAGCGCCCCAAGGACGAGUCCCGCAAACGGGAUCGGGAACACCGGCGGCACCGGCGCUCCGGCAAGGAUGGUUCGCGGCGGCACCGAGAGAGCAAGAGCCACAAAGAGAAGAACCGGCAAAUCUUGGGCAGCUUGGACGUGCAGAGCACCGAGAGCCAGGCCCGGGAGAACGGGGCCAAGCCGCCCCCUCUGGCCGCCCCUCAGCCUGAGCGGAGACCCCCCGUGAAGAAGGAGGAGGGGACCGUCAGCUCGGGCUCCACCGUCGUGUGCUCCGCCGAUCUCCUCAAGCUGCGUUCGUUCACCGAAGGGCCGCCGAAGGAGCUGAAGAUUCGCCUCAUCAAGGUGGAGAGCGGGGACAAGGAGACCUUCAUCGCCUCCGAGGUGGAGGAGCGGCGCAUCCCCUUGAGCGAGCUCACCAUCAACCAUUCGGCCGCCGAGGUGGUGCGUGCCAGCAAGCACCACAAGGUGAAGGGGAAAUUUAAGGAGUCUUACCUGUCGCCCGCCCUGUCGGUCAAGCCUCACAUCAACUCGGAUGAAAAGCUCCCCCGGGAUAAGCUCAACCCUCCCACCCCAAGCAUCUACUUGGAAAGCAAGCGGGACGCUUUCUCACCGGUGCUUCUCCAGUUCUGCACUGACCCCAAGAACCCCAUCACAGUCAUCCGGGGCUUGGCUGGCUCUCUCCGCCUCAACUUGGGUCUGUUCAGCACAAAGACGCUGGUGGAGGCCAGCGGGGAACACGCCGUGGAGGUCCGCACGCAAGUCCAGCAGCCGUCGGACGAAAACUGGGACCUCCAGGGGACGAAGCAGGUGUGGCCCUGCGAGAGCAGCCGGUCCCACACCACCAUCGCCAAGUACGCCCAGUACCAGGCAGCCUCCUUCCAGGAGUCUCUCCAGGAAGACAAAGAGAGCGACGAAGAGGAAGCGGAAGAGCCGGACAGCACCACGGAGACACCCCCCAGCAACCCUGAUCAGAAACCUCACCAGAUCAUCAAGUUUGGGACCAAUAUCGACCUCUCAGAUGCCAAGCGGUGGAAGCCACAGUUACAGGAGCUGUUGAAGCUGCCGGCUUUCAUGAGAGUCACCUCUACAGGGAACAUGCUAAGUCACGUGGGACACACGAUCCUGGGCAUGAACACAGUGCAGCUCUAUAUGAAAGUGCCAGGCAGCCGCACGCCGGGUCACCAGGAGAACAACAACUUCUGCUCGGUGAACAUCAACAUCGGGCCUGGGGACUGCGAAUGGUUUGCGGUCCACGAGCAUUACUGGCAGAACAUCAGUGCCUUUUGUGACAGGCACAGCGUGGAUUACCUGACCGGCUCAUGGUGGCCCAUCCUGGAAGACCUCUACCAGUCCAACAUCCCGGUCUACCGCUUCAUCCAGCGGCCGGGAGACCUGGUGUGGAUCAACGCAGGGACCGUCCACUGGGUUCAGGCCACCGGCUGGUGCAACAACAUCGCGUGGAACGUGGGCCCCUUGACAGCCUACCAGUAUCAGCUGGCCCUGGAGCGCUACGAGUGGAACGAGGUGAAGAAUGUCAAGUCCAUCGUCCCCAUGAUCCACGUCUCCUGGAACGUCGCCCGCACCGUCAAGAUCAGCGACUCGGACUUGUACAAAAUGAUCAAGUAUUGUCUGAUGCAGUCGAUCAAACAUUGCCAGGUCCAGCGGGAGAGUCUGGUGCGGGCAGGGAAGAAGAUCGCCUACCAAGGCCGGGUGAAGGAUGAGCCAGCCUACUACUGCAACGAGUGUGAUGUGGAGGUUUUCAACAUCCUCUUUGUGACCAGCGAGAACGGCGGCAAGAACACCUACCUGGUGCACUGCGAAGCCUGCGCCCGCAAGCGCAGCACCUCCCUCCACGGCGUCGUGGUCCUCGAGCAGUACAAGACGGAGGAACUCAUUCACAUCUAUGACAGCUUCACUCUGGCUGCGUCACCUAGUUCAAGAUGAGCCAUACCACGCCUGGACUUGGAUGUCUGGGUUGUUUCUCCGAGCUGGCCUCUCCCCCUCUUCGCCGUGUGUGU